AGGCUGCAUUCAGUGCUGUUCGUAAUGUGCGCAAUCUUCCUCGACGAAGAGUUCACUUGCCAUCUAAUGCUCCCAGUGAAAUGCGCAAGGCUAGAACCAAACUUAAUGACAUACUUGAAUGGCUUGCUUCUGAGUUCGGCUUUCAGAGAGGGAACGUGGCUAAUCAGAGGGAGCACAUAAUACUGCUUCUUGCUAAUGCUGAUAUUCGAAAGAGAAAUGAUGAAGAAUAUGAUGAGUUGAAACCUAGCACAGUCACUGAGUUGAUGGACAAAACUUUUAAAAGUUAUUGCUCAUGGUGUAAAUAUUUGCACUGUAAGUCUAAUCUCAGGUUUCCGGACGUUUGUGAUGAACAGCAGCUGCAGCUUAUCUAUAUUUCCCUGUACCUUUUAAUAUGGGGUGAAGCCUCAAAUGUUAGAUUUAUGCCCGAAUGUAUCUGCUAUAUUUUCCAUAAUAUGGCAAAUGACGUCUAUGGAAUUCUGUUUAGCAAUGUUGAAGCUGUAAGUGGUGAGACAUAUGAAACAGAAGAAGUUAUUGAUGAAGAAUCGUUUUUGAGAAAUGUUAUAACUCCAAUCUAUCAGGUCAUACGCAAGGAAGCCAGAAGGAACAAGGGGGGCACAGCAAGCCAUUCACAAUGGAGAAAUUAUGAUGAUUUGAAUGAAUACUUUUGGUCUAGGAAAUGCUUCAAGAUACGAUGGCCUCUUGACCUUAAAGCAGACUUUUUCCUAAACUCUGACGAGAUAACCCCACAGAACGAGAGGCUGAAUCAAGUCACUUACGGGAAAAGCAAGCCUAAGACCAACUUUGUUGAAGUCCGUACAUUCUGGCACCUCUUCAGAGACUUUGAUCGAAUGUGGAUAUUUCUUGUCAUGGCUUUUCAGGCUAUGGUAAUAGUUGGAUGGCAUGGUUCUGGGUCCCUAGGCGAUAUCUUUGACAAAGAUGUAUUCAAAACGGUGUUAACUAUUUUUAUUACUUCGGCGUAUCUGACUCUUUUACAAGCUGCACUGGAUAUUAUCCUUAAUUUCAAUGCCUGGAAGAAUUUCAAGUUCUCCCAGAUAUUGCGGUACCUGCUGAAGUUCGCGGUAGCAGCUAUGUGGGCAGUGCUACUUCCAAUUGCUUACUCGAAGUCUGUCCAACGCCCAACUGGACUUGUAAAGUUCUUUAGCACUUGGACUGGGGACUGGAAGGAUCAGUCUUUUUAUACGUACGCUGUUUCAUUUUAUGUAAUACCAAACAUACUGGCAGCUGUGUUUUUCCUCGUUCCACCAUUUCGGAGAGUCAUGGAGUGUUCAGACAUGCGAAUUAUCAAGGUUAUAAUGUGGUGGGCUCAGCCAAAACUAUAUGUUGGAAGAGGUAUGCAUGAGGACAUGUUCUCUCUAUUCAAGUAA